AUGGCUUUGCUUAUGAAACAACAGAACAGAGCUGAUGAAGCUAUUGAAGCUAUUCAGUGCUUUAGAGAUCUUUGUUCCAGACAAGCUCAAGAAUCACUUGACAAUGUCCUCAUCGAUCUCUAUAAGCUAAAAAACUACACAGCGGCUGAAACCGUGUACUGUAAAGCUCAAGUUGUAGAGCCAGAUGCAAACAAGGCUUGUAAUCUAUGCACAUGUCUCAUCAAGCAAGGGAAGCUCGAUGAAGCGAGGGCGAUUCUGUUUCGUGAUGUGUUGCAGGAGAAGAAAGAAGGGUUUUGUGAUGAUUCGAGGUUGAAGGUUCGGGUUCAAGAGCUUUUAAGCGAGCUAGAGCCACGUGGAGCUGUUGUAGCUUUUGUGGAAUGUGAAGUUGGUAUGGAUGAGAUUGCGGUUGUUGAAGCGAUUGAUGAGUUUAUGAAAGCCCUUGACCGGUCCAAAGGAGAGCUGCAUUAUAACCAUGCUCUUGGAAUGCGAUACAGUAAGAUUACGGAGCAGAUAUAUGUUGGGAUCUUGGGAUGUUUUUAA